CGCACUAGUGUUUGCUCAAACUUGUCUUCAGCUUUCUGAAGUCAUGAGUCCGUAACGCGAGCAGCUCCAGCUUCAGAAUCUUCUGCACGUUCAGUUAAACUUCAGUCUCAGCCUUUGCUUGCACUUAAUGUCCAGUUGUGGAGAGUUUCACUCUUAACAGUACUUUUCAACGAUAUUGUCGCUUUAUGGGUGGACAUUAUGAAGUAACGUCAGCGGCUGCCUGUUUAAAGGGCUGACCCAUGUGAGGAGAGUGGAGUUCACACACACAUACAUACGCACACACAAACACACACAUGGACGGCAUGGCGUCUUUCUCCAGCACCUGUGGCUCCAAGGUGGAUCGGGCGUCCCAUCGGAGAGGAGAAAACAGACAGGGGACACCCAGUGACAGUGACUGCAGUGCUGUGCUUGAGAAGACCAGAGAGUUCUUCCAGAUUUGUGACAUCGAGGGCAAAGGCUUCAUUACACGACGGGACAUGCAGAGGUUAAAUGGAGAGCUUCCUCAGAGUGCUGAGGAACUUGAGAACGUCUUUGAUACUCUGGACGCAGAUGCCAACGGAUAUCUGACCUUUGAGGAGUUCUCCUCCGGCUUUAGUGAAUUUAUGUUUGGUCCAGGUGUGGUGUCAGUAGAUCCACAUGCAGAUGAGCAGCCGGUCUCAGGAAAGACUCCGGAAGUACUCUAUGAGAGCCAAUGGGAGGAGAGACUCAGCAGGGGAGAGGAUGACGAGGAGAAACACUUCUGCAUGCUAAUGGAGAACCUGGGGGCAAGCAACAUCUUUGAAGAACCAGGAGAGGUGCGGAGUCUUUGGGUGCAGCUUAGAAAAGACGAGCCUCACCUCCUGUCCAAUUUUGAGGAGUUUCUUGCCAGGGUCACUUAUCAGAUCAAAGAAGCCAACCAGGAGAAGAAAGAGAUGGAGACGGCCCUUAAAAGGAAAGCGGCGACACAUGAUGAUGAAAUCCAGAGGCUGUAUGAAGAAAUGGAGCAACAGAUCAAGAAUGAGAAAGACAGGAUACUUUUAGAGGAUUCUGAGCGGUUCUUGUCUCGCAGUCAGGACUUGGAGCAUCAGCUUUCCACUAAAGAGAAGGAGCUGGAAAUUAUUUCUAACAAACAGAAACGGCUGGAGCAUCAGUGUCGAGAGCUGCACAGCGAGCAGCGGGAGACAGCCGUGGAGAAUGUUAAACUAAAGCAGUAUAAUGAGGACUUGAGCCGUGAGCUGGAGCACACCACCCAGGAGCUGAGUCUGGCCCAGGAGCAACUCAUGCUGCUGCAGGAACAGGCCUCACGCCUGCACGAGGAGAGAGAGAUGGAGAUUUAUAGAGUUACAGAAAGCCUGCAGAGAGAGAGGGCAAGUCUUCUCAAGCAGCUUGAUUUGCUAAGAGAAAUAAACAAACACUUACGAGAUGAAAGAGACAUAUGCUAUCAAAAACCAAAUACUUCUGCUGCAAAACUCUCAUGGAAACCGAGGUCUGAAUCAAUUACUAUGAAGCACUCUGAGCGGAAGCAGUCAUUUAUAAGCGAUGAGGAUGAAGAGGUUCUGCCGCAGUCUAAGCGGAAGAACAUGAUUGGCCAAAAUGGGCACAGUAUGGACCUGGAGGACAUGUUAGAUGGACGACCUCCUUCAAAACACCAGCUCCAGAGGAUCAUCUCCAUCGAGGAGGACCAUCUUCCUCAACUCCUUCAACAGGGUUAUCAGGCCCAGCUCAGAGAAUGGAGUGAAGAUGAGGAGUUGGAGGAGGGCAUGGACCUCCAGAUGAGCAAUAUUUACCCCACAACUAGCACUCCGACCUCUGUUUCACCUCCUCCAGGAGUCGCACCCACACCCACCUCACCCAGGGGACAGCCUGUGGGCAAAGAGACAGUCCAGUCGGAGGAAGGGGCCAGUUCAGGUCCAGAUCGUCUGUUUAAGAUUGUUCUGGUGGGGAAUUCUAGUGUGGGAAAAACAUCUCUUCUACGUCGCUUCUGUGACAACUUUUUCCACUCUGGUACAUGUGCUACUGUAGGUAUUGACUACAGUGUGAAGACUCUGACGGUGGACAACAGCCAGGUAGCCUUGCAAAUGUGGGACACAGCAGGACAGGAAAGGUAUCGCAGCAUCACCAAGCAGUUUUUUCGCAAGGCUGAUGGUGUGGUUGUGGUGUAUGACAUCACUAAUGAGCAGACUUUCACAGCAGUGAGACAGUGGCUAGCCAGUGUGCAGGUGAACGGACAGAGAGAGGUUCCAUUAGGAUUGGCUGAGAAAUUAGCCAAGGACUUUCAGUUAAUUUUCUAUGAGUGCAGUGCUUUUUCAAGCAACAAUGUGACAGAGUCCAUGAUUCACAUGGCAAGAGUUCUGAAAGACCAAGAGGACAGAGAAAAAGAGAAAACCGUGUCACUAGUAGACAGCCACGCUAAGAAGUCGUCCUGCUGCUAGUAGAAAGUCACCCAUAAACACUGCAGAUCUUUCAAACCUUUUUGCUUCUGCAUUUUAGUGUGGUUUGGUGUUAAUGCUCAUCUGUUUUUCUUCCUCUUGUGUUCCCAUUUUCUCUUUUUGUAUGACCACUGUGGAGUUCAAAUUGUUUGGUCUUUUUAUAUACCAGUACCUCUUUACAGUGUGAAACGGACCAUUUUUACAAUAGCAAUUAGGGCUUUAAGUAGAGCACUAUAAUUUUGUAUAUUACUACAGUUGUCAAACGUUUCCCUAUCAAGGUCAUUUAAAUCACCCAUCACACUAUUGAAGUAAACAAACCUGUAUUUUUGUAUUGACAGUUGUUGUAAUUUAUCUUUUUUAAUAUGAAGGUCUAAGAAAGUAUAUUUUAAAUGAGCAAAAUAAGCUCCUACACGCUAGUUUGUUUACAGCACAGUCAUUUGCACAGAUGUAUUAUUUAUUACUAAUGAUGAAUUGACUUAUUCCUUUAUUAUUCCUAGCAAGCAGACAUAUUGUGAAAAAUGGCUGUAAUCGGCAUGAAUAUUUUUAAUACACUGCCAUGCAGCCAACAUAUGGUUUGCAUAAGGAUUCGGUUUUAACAGAGUUCGGUGUUGUUCGCUUUACAGUACUGAAUAAACCACUGAUCUAUUUAAAUGGAUUUAGUCUAAUAUUGAUUUCAGAUCACUUUUUGAUUUGCAUUUUAUGUAUUGUGGCAACAGUAAUGUGUGUGUUUAUAUAUAGUCUGUAUUUGCUAUUUAAUGCAGUCAGUGUUAAAUCAGUUAAAAUGUCUCACUGCAGUUGUUGAUGUUCACACUUACCAUAAAUAAUUAGAGAUGCAGUAAUAAUCCACUAGAGAGUGGAUUUAUGCACGUUUGAGAUAAGGCCUAUGCUGUGUUUUCAGUUUCAAGUUUUUCAGUAAUCGCAAUAUGAUUCUUGAUCUGUAACUUGAGUUUUCAUAUUGAUUCACACAUAAUUUAUCUAUCACAGCUACUGUAUGACCACUGGGCAGAAUAACACUAGAUUUCUCACUCAUUUAGUCUUAUAUAUAUGUUCCUGCUUUAUGUACAUGUGUAAUGUGUAAAUACUAAAUAGAAAUGUAUUUUGAGUGAAAUGUUAAAAAUAAAGAA